AUUAGAAGUGUUUGAAUUAGUGUACGAACUAGGAAUUCCCGAAAUAAAGCAAUUCAAGCCACAAAGAACUAGGUGAGCACAAACGAACGUAUUGUAUUUAGAAUUCGAAAUCAGGCAGUCAUCAAGUACUAAGGAAUCAUUAGUUUAUACAAACACCAUACCAACACAAGCGGAUUUGACUUGGGACUCGUCAGUUAGAUGUGCCUGCAUCCCACAGUUGAUGUCCAUUCCGGGACUCAACCCCAGUACCAUUCGCUUCGGAUGCCAUCGCAUUAUCCGCCUAGCUAAUGAGUACUGAUAGCCACUAGUCACUUAGUUUAACGUUUACAGGGAACAAAGUCACUUCAAAAUUUCAACUUGAUCACGGUUAAGUAUUGACAAAACCCAAUACAUUUUUUGUUUUGUGAGAUAAUUUGUAUUUAUUAUAUGUCAAUUUUGAUUUAGAAGGUGGGUUACAAUGGAGAUUAUUAAUCAGUUAGUUAUUAUAAACAAUUAGUUAUACACUCAGUUGUGUAAUCAGUGGAGUUUAUAUUUUGAGUGGAGUUUUCUUCUUAAUGAACCAUUAACUUGAUUGAUUCCUGGUCGUAGUAAAGGAAGUGUACUAAUUAUGAGUUUUUCUUAACAGGUUCAUAUCAUUAUUAGUGAAGGUUUGAACGUAAAUAUCAUGGUCGUUGGACAAGUUAACAUCUGUCUGGACCCAGUUGUACACUGAAUAAUACAUUAUUGUUCUGGAUUUGAGUUUCACUGGGAAUUUCAAAACCAGGAUGUAGAUAAGUUCAGCUCAAAAGUCCCAGAUAAGACGAAAUACGAGUCACCUGUUCUACAUAACAGAAUGGUUGUUCGGUGUUUUACAGUUUAUACACUUGUAAGCGACAAAAUUGAUCUUGCCUCAAAAGACAUCCAGAUAAAUAAAGUUUACUAAACUCACAUCAAUUAGAAGUACCAUGUGUAUAAUAAUUUACUUUAUAUAACGUGAAGGCAAGUCGACAAUAUUAAAGCAAUUUUCAUGACUAUAAAGCACAUUACCCUUAGUAGUAAUGAUAAAAAGUAAUAAUAUUAAAGGCAACAAAGUAAUCGUUCAAUCUCAACUAAUGCAUAGAACUCUACGAAGUUCAAUCUACAGGAAACCCCUUAUAAGAUGACCAGCUGUUAGUUUUCACAGCUGAGUCCUCAUUAGUCGGAAGAGAAAUUUAACUAUAUCCUUUGGAACACGGAUACGAAGAAUUUGUAGUUCUGAGGUCUUAGAUAACGAACUGAACCUCAUUAAGAAAAUACAUAUCGAAAACGGAUGUCCAUCUGCAUUUAUUGACAGGAACAUAAGAGAUUAAACCACAUUAAGUAAGAAUUACCUCCAUGUAAAAGAAAACUCUUUACAUGAACAUCGAUUUCAAAGGGGAUAUAGCUACAGAUACUCGAAGAGGAGAAUUUCCAACUCUCAAUAGAACGUUCUUCACAGGGAAUUCGCUGUUAGUGUUACCCAGCUGACAAAUGUUCACCAAUAAUCUAGAGGAUAAAUUAUCUAAUUUGGCCAAUUCUAUAUGCGUUUAUUAAUUUGCCUGUUUAUGAAAUUAGGUAUAUAGGUUCAAUGCGCAUUUUAUCCAAAAGAAUUCAAAAACAUUACCAAAUUUAGCUGAAAAGAGGCGGAAACGGCUCAAUGAGAAGCUCUAUAACCGAACAUCUUGUGAACACAGGUCAUUGGAUGAAAACGGACCAUGUGUUCAGUCAUCUAUGAGCAUUGUCAAAAUACUGGCUAUACAUUUGGAAAAACUAGAAUCAUGUGGACAAAAGAAACUUGUACAACCUCUUCUAUCAUGGUUUUAAUCUCUCGUAUCUUCCCAUUCUUUCCUUUCUUCUCUCACAGCCUUUGCUUCCCUUCUAUCUUGUUGUCUGUAGAUCUUUUACUCUUAACUGAAUUACCUGUUUCCUGCUGCUUACAGUUCAUCUCAAUUCCAACACUAUCUUAUCACGCUGCACCUUCCCUUCCAAAUUAUAAUUUCUUUAUCUACCUUCAUGAUUAUCAUCAUUUUGAAAAAUAUGUAUAUAUUUUCGACUGUACAGUUUCGAAAAUGAAUUCACCGAAAUGAGAAUUCUUCGCUGAACCAAUGUUUCUUAUUUUGUGAUAGACAGUUAGCCAGAUAAAAGGUAUUCACUAUUGAUUUUUCUUACUGGAAAGACUUUUCAACUGGACAAAGAGUUAGACAAUGAACCUGAUUUUUUUAUUUACAAAUAUUAUUAUUAUUAUUAUUAUUGCUAUCAUUAUUACUGAUAUCUGAGGAUUGCAUUUGUUGUUUGUUUUUGGUCGUAAACAAAUUUCGAAUGGCUAAAAUAGCUUAUAAGUUAUGCUUUUGAAAACUAUCUAUAUUCUCCUAAUACAUACUGCGAGGUGAUUAACAAGUGUAGAUUGCAUAGACAGAUAUCAAUUAAAUUCUCAAGGUCAAGUGGAGGAUAAAGCUUGAAUAAAAUUGCAAUCACAUCGAAGUAGGAAUAUAAUGGGAACAUUUAAAAAAUCUCGGAUUGCUUUGUGUCUUUCAUUGUCACACGAUUAAUUACUUAUUAUCUGACAAGUUAUACUAUAACUCCGCCUGGAGCUCCUCCACGGGCUACUGCCGGUCCCAAGCCCGGAUAAAGGAGGAGGGUUGAGCAUGGGGUUACCGUCCCCAUCCUGUAGGAAAAUAACUCGCUAAAAAAACGCUAACCAGAAAAAAAUAUUCAAACCUUUUAAACUCUGAACCGGGAGUCAGAAGGUCUUCAUUUAGAAGAACUAUGACGCCUCAUGGUGAAAGCCGAGCUCCUUCGGAAGUCACGAGGUUGGUGCCCAUUCUAACAACCAGAGCAACCAUUAAUUUAGGUACAUGGAAUGCUCGUACAAUGUCGGAGACCGGGAGAGUCUUCCAAAUUGCUGCAAAAAUGAGGAGAUGCAACUUGGAGGU